UUUUAGGUUUUUUACACUAGGUUUUAUAUUAUAUCGAGAUUAGAUUGUAUAUUUAUAAUGGCUGAUAAUCUUCUUUGCACUCUUAUACUGGCAUCAGAAAAAGCUAGUCGAAUCGCUCGACUUUGCCGAGAAAACCAGGACUUAUUUUCGUUACUUAUACAAGAAAAAGGUGAAAAAUUCAAUGAAAUUGAUUUCAAAACAUUAGCUGAUGUUUUUAUUCAACAAACUGUCACGAAAGAAGUUAAAACGAAGUUUGGAAAGCUGGCUGAUUAUGUUCAAGGUGAAGAAAACAACCAAUUUACUAAUACUUUGGGAGAAACGGUAUCAGUUGAAAUUGGGUCCGAGGUGAAAGAAACGUCCGAUAUGUUGUCAAAAGUACUUGCUGGAAACGAUGCUGCUGCAAGGGUUUUAGCUGAAGCAGCUCAUGAAGAAAUUUCAUUAGAAAUAGAAUCAUUAGUUGAACCUGAUGUUUUGAAGGAUAUUGCGUCGAGUAAUCUCGAUCUAGAAAACAUUGGAAUAUGGAUUGACCCCAUAGAUUGUACAUCCCAAUAUGUCAAAGGCAUAGAAGAUAUGGUUCCAACUGCUCAUGGAAUUUAUGAAGCUGGCCUUCAAUGUGUUAUGGUUCUAAUUGGUGUUUACUCACUUGAUGAUGGAAAACCAAUCUUAGGUGUUGUAAAUCAGCCAUUCUGUCAAAAAAACGUCAAUAACGGACAAAAAAAAAAAUGGAAGAGUCGUUGCAUCUGGGGUUUCUCUUAUAACAACGUCAAUCGAAAUAAUUUGAAGAAAAAUAACACGAUCCAUAAUGAGAAGCAUGUUGUUGUGCUAAGCUCACACGACCCUGAAGCAUUGUCCGUAAUAAAGCCAUUAUCCUCAACUAUGGAAACAUGUUUAUCCCGAGGUGCGGGACACAAAUGUGUUACUGUAGUGGAUAAAUUAGCUGAAUUAUUUGUUUACACAUUCGAUGGAAGUUACAAAUGGGAUACAUGUGCUCCUCAUGCCAUUUUACGGUCUUGUGAAGGCGGCAUUGCAGUCUUAAAUGAAGCGAUUGAAAAAUAUGAUACAACUGAAUCUGAAAAUGAUUUUUUAUCUGUUCUUGAUUCCUGCCAAGUAAAAUAUAACGAAGCAUCAGAAUCUAACAAGAAUCAAAACUGGAAGGCGAACUCAGGUGGAUUGCUUGUUUAUAAUGGAACAUCACGGAGUAACGAUGCUAUGCGUCAAAUUUUGAAAGCAUUUGCAAGUACUCGAUCAUAGCAAAGUGUAUGAUGUUAAAAAAGUCAAGUUCGGGCCGUAUUUGAAUUAACCUGAAUCUUUUCUCAGGUCAAGUUCAACCUUGUGAAAACACACAACACACAAAUUAGCAUUGUGCACUGUUUUCUUUUUACUUUGAAUUUUAGGAAUGCUAUCUAUAAUAACUUUUCAGUUUUAUGGGGUUACUUUUAAUAUUUUACUGAGUGAGUUGUGCUUAUAACUGGUUUAUAUAUUUAAUCGUUGUGGAGUUUUUGAACUGUCAAUAAUUUGGCGCUCCAGAAGUGUAUGUACCAAUAUGGAGGUAACUGAUUUUGUUCGCCUAUUUUACACAAGUUGUAUAAAGAGACUGAAACUUAUGGGCAGGGGUUAUAUUCACUUUGCUAACACAGACAGUCCCCGAACUCGUAACAGAACUAAAAUAAGGAAAAUCCGAAUAAAAUUACGGUCUAAACUUAAACCCUUACCUGGUACACAUACUAUGGAAGUACAUAGCACUAGAGUAGUGUGUAGGGGUAUGAUACCUAUGUAGAAACUAUUUAAUUUUGAGUUUAAAAAAUUUAAAACUUAUCGAUAUUAUGAAAAAGAUGCAUUUCAGCAAUUCAGAUAUUGAAGCCAAAUUAGACAUUUUGCCAAAUUUUACCAAGCAAACUUUUACAAUGUAUCUGUAACUGAAUUUCAAAUAUAUUGCAGAGGGAAAUUCGUAUAGACCUACGGUAUAUAUUUCCUACUAUUGUCACAACCCUAUCACUAAGAGCCCUAUAGUAGUGUUUUGAUUUAUAGCGGAGAUCUUAACCUUUUCUAAAUUUUAAAAGCGAAAUCUCAACUCCAUAGACUGUAUAUUCUAGUGUGUUAUAAGUGAACCAUGAAAAAAGGGACAUAAGAAUGUUUCCAGUGACUGUAUAUUCUAGUGUAUCGUAAGUGAACUAUGAAAAAAAAGAACAAAAAAAUCGUUUUACAAUAUACGGUCAACGGCCAUGUACUUUCUUGCUGAAAAGAUUUACCCCCAUGCAUGUCAUGUCAAGUUACAGAACUCGUUUUUAUAACUAUAUAUAAGAAUGAAGAAUAUCAUAGAUAGAAUAGUAAACUGUUUUGUUGUUGAACGAGUGUGAUUCAUCGUUAUGAGAUUUUAGUGACAAUUUUUUUCAUCUUUAUACACACUUAUUAUUGCAAUGAAAAUUAAUUUUUAGUUUGGAAAUUCAUUCACUCGUUUGAGUACCGGUUGUUAUCGGCUGCUGAUUUUAUCAUGUUGCUUUUUUCUCGCUGCAAUUUUUCUUAUUAUUUUAAAUCAUCAACUGCAAGUCGUAUAUUUAUUCAGUAUUUGAAAGAAUUUUGUGUUAUUGCGAUCUAUCUUACAUUAUUUUUUCACAAUUGUCAUUUUCUUGCCAGUCUGUUCAGAGUUUUUACGACGCAAAUGAAUACCAUUUAGAUGUUGCAUAGAUUUAGUGUUGUUCCCAUUGUACUGAUGAGUAUUCGUUACUGAAAAAAGGGAACUCCGAAGUAUGUGCAUCAGGAUGGCGCACAACCUGAACAUAGUAUGUGUACCAGUUUAAAGUUCAGGUUGCGCGCCAUCUUGGUGCACAUACUUCGGUAGCGUCGAAAAAAAAAACUAUUCAAUUGUUGAUAUUAUUAUGAAUUUUAGGUUGGCUACUUGCUAUGUUGGGAUAUUUGGCAUGUUUUAACAUGAGCCAGAAUUCCAGUCUUCCCGUGAUGAUGAUAAAAAUUUUCUAUGGGCACUAUGAAAUUGACUAAACAUUACACACAGAUUAUUAAAGAUAGCUUACGUACUUCAAAGUAUUUAUUUUAGAGCCUGGAGUUGAUUGUUAAUACGACUCCUAAGCCAUGCUUGUAACAAUACAAAAGGCCAGGGUUUGCAAUAUGAUCGAGACAUAUUAUCCCUCAAAAUCUUAUCGUAUCUUACGUUUACUAAUAACUGAUUCUGCCUCAAUAUUUUUUAAAUUUAAUAGUGUGCAGUCUAUAUAUAUGAUCCAAGACCUUUUUUCUGCUAUAAUAUUUCUAUAGUUCGAACAGAACCCAACUGUUUUCUUCCGAUUAUAUUCAUGUGCAAAUGUAUUAUCGACUAUUAGUUUUUGAGUUUCUAUUCACAAUUAGAAGACUCUUCAAACUUGGGAGGCCCAACUCCACGGUGGAGCCAAGAUUUUUUCUCUUGUGCGAGAUUGGUCAUCAAAAAUUCUAUUAUAUUUCCCUGUUUUAUUAAGAUUUACUUCGCAAAAAAAAAAAUUGGCUGUGCCAACCAAUUUCGUUAUCAUUUUUAUUCAAAUGGCUGACUUAUUUAUUAUGCUCUAAAUUCCAUUAAACUAUGUUGAUUAUGUAAGGAUUAUUUUAAUCAAACAUACACAGUUAAAAUUAUGGACAGAUUCUACAAGUUUAGAAUUUGGGAAUUACUUUUAAAAUAUUUUUAGUUAUGAAGAACUACCGGUAAUAACAUCUGGUUUAUGCUACUGUUGUGCUUGCAUUUUCCACCCAAAUUUAUAUUAGUUGGCAAGAUUAAUUUACUAUUCUUUUAAUUUGAAUUGGAGUGGCAUCGAGGCUUCUAUAACUGUAUUUGAAGAUAAUUCUAUUGUUAGUUCAGAUAAUGUUAGAACAAACUCCCAGCGUUUAUUGACAUUUAUAUUUUUUAUUCAGACUUCAGUUGCCACAAUUAUCUUGCCAUUUCUUAUGGAAUUUUUAUAUUUACUCUGAUUUUAUCUUGCCAUUGUAUAUAUUACUACUACACAAUAAAAAUCCAUAAGCUGUGUGCAUUGUGCAAUCAGACCUAUUGGCUGUUAGUCAAAUAUGACAAUGGUCUCUACCUUUUUAUAUUGUAUUCAUCUCAUGCAGCUCAGAUGUGUUUUAUUGUAUAUUGUUAUUCAGAUGUUGUUACACGUCAUCAUUUAUAUCACAUGAAAUAAACUUAUAUCAUAAACAG